AUGGGGCUCCUAGACAAACUCAAGCGCAAAAACAAGGGCGAUAGUAGCCAAGCGGGAAGCUCUCAGCCAUCGCAGUCUACCUACCGGCAACCGGCCCAGUCCACCACCAACCCAACGACCGGCAUCGCCUCCACUGGCAUGUCAUCUGCCCCUCCAGACCCUGCUCCAAAGUCCUAUAAGGUCUACUUCGACCUCACUGUGAACAAUGGCCCACCGGCUAGAGUCGUCUUCAAGCUCUUCAACAACGACGUACCAAUAACCGCCGAAAACUUCCGCGCUCUUUGCACGAAUGAGAGGGGGUAUGGCUAUGAGGGUAGUAGCUUCCAUCGGAUUAUCCCCGGGUUCAUGCUUCAGGGUGGGGAUUUUACGAGGGGUAAUGGUACCGGCGGCAGAUCUAUCUACGGUGAGAAGUUCAAAGAUGAAAGCUUUGAGCUCAAGCAUAAUCGGCCUUAUUUGCUUUCAAUGGCCAACUCAGGGCCUAAUACCAACGGAUCGCAGUUCUUCAUCACCACUGUUCCCACCCCUCAUCUCAACGGCAAGCAUACCGUUUUCGGUGAGGUGAUUGAGGGCAAAGAAUUUGUUGAUGCUAUUGAGAGUGUUGGGUCACCUGAUGGGACGCCGAAUUCGAAGGUAGUGAUUGCGAGUUGUGGAAGUCUCUAA